CGAGACCGCCUCGACGGCCAUCUGCAGUCCUCCCCGCGGCUUGUCUGAAUCCCUUCCGCGGCCGUUCCGCGGCCGUUCCCUCAUCCAGGCUUCCUGACCGAAAGCGAUCCACGACACUUGCCACGCCACACGUCAACGCCCCGACUGAACCCUCUCGAAGGGCGGCCGCGAGACCGCCUCGACAGCCAUGCAGUCCUCCCCGCGGGCUGCCUGCCUCCUGCUCCUGUGCUGCGCCGCCCAGCCGGUCGCCUCGCUCUCCGCCGCCGAGGCGUGGCCCUGGAGCAGGAGGGCGCCGAAGGCUCCGCCGGUCGCGGCGGAGGCCCCCGCCAACGCGACGGAGGGGGCGCCCGAGGAGGCCGAGGCCGGGGCGGCGGCCCCGGCCGCCAACGCCUCCGAGGGCGCGGCGGAGGCGGCGCCCGCGGAGGCGGGGGCCGCGGAGGCGGCGGCCCGCGCCGCCGGCGUGCAGGCCGCAGGGAGGAGCCCCACGCGCCCGGGGUUGUUCGUUUCCCUAUACAUGCGGAUGCCGUCGGGCUGCCCGAAGCUUGCCAUGGACACCCAGAAGUGGAGGCACGACACGUGGGCGGAGCAGAAGGACCUCGACGAGGCGGCGUGCCAGGGGCGCGCGAAAUUGUGGAACGGUUACUGCGCCUCGGAGGACGCGAUGAUGGCGUUCGUCCCCAAGCAGUGAGCGCUUGCUGCUGCUGUUCCUUCGCCUCCUCCUGCUCCUCCUGCUUCCUGUCCUUUCUCCCGAU